UAAUUAAGUAAUAGUACAUCCCUAAAAAAACAGAAAAAUAAAUCCGUUUUUAGAGUUUCUUACAAAACGAUAAACGCAUAUACACAUCGUUUUUGUAGUCUAAUAUUAACAUGUUUAGGUUCUCGGUCAAAAUGAUUAUGAACCUAAGACUAAAAGAUUAUGAACCUAAGUAAGACGUGGAAGCUCUUGGUAAAAACUAAAAAGUAAAAACAAAUAAUACCGAUCAUAAAACUGAAAUCUACGACAGUUUUGACUACCGCCAAAGCUAACAAAGAUCAGCCAGACAGCCACUAGGCAAAAUUUUGACGCAAAAAAUAGCUGGACAGUUUUAUGAAAUUGGUGCACGCAUAUGUCAUAUGAUAAAGCAUCUUGCGUUGAAAAGACAAAAUCCCACUCUCCCACAUCUCUUAAGCUUUACAUUUUGUCAACUAUAUAUCAUAUAUAAAUAUCGAUGAGAGCUUCUUUCAUAUUCUCUUCUAAACCGUCCAACAAAACCUUUUUUAGUCUUUUUUUCUUUCCCAAAAACAUACAAAACACAAAAAAAACAAUAGCUUAUUUACUUUAUUUGUGGCCUAUUUUUAUUGAUUAACACACCCAUAUGCUUAGACUUUCUUCAUCAUCUUCCAUGGCCUUAAAAUUCUCUCAAAUCCUCUUCAUAGUUCUAUGGCUCUCUCUCUUAUUCCUCCUCCUCCACCACUUGUACUCCCUCAACUUCCGCCGUCUCUACUCUCUAAACGCGGUGGAGCCAUCAGUGUCGAAGCAACACCACCGUAGCUACACAAUUAGAUUAGUAAGCAGAAAAACACUCUCCCACAAAUUCGACUUCACGCCUUUCCAUAGCCGAGAUAACAGCCGCCAUGAUCACCGUCAUUCCGGUGAGCAAUACGACGGUGAUGAGAUCGACCCUCGUUACGGAGUGGAGAAACGCCGUGUUCCCUCCGGACCUAAUCCGUUGCACCAUUGAUGAUUACACGUGUUUGGUAUGUGUAGUAACAUUUAAGACAAGAUCAGACCUUUGCCUAGCCUUUUUUGUUCUUUUUAAUAUAAGUCAGGUCUGAAAGGGAAACAAAUUAAAGAUUAGAGCUUUUUUAAAAGGAUACGUUUCUACAA